UCCGGCCCGGGCCCAACUCCCUCACGGGCCCCCCGGCGGCGGCGGCGGCAGCGGCGGAGCCCACCGCCCGGGCCCCGAUGAGUAACUCCCGGAAUAACCGGGUGAUGGUGGAAGGGGUUGGGGCCCGGGUAGUGCGCGGCCCGGACUGGAAGUGGGGGAAGCAGGACGGCGGCGAGGGCCAUGUGGGCACGGUCCGGAGCUUCGAGAGCCCCGAGGAAGUGGUAGUGGUGUGGGACAACGGCACCGCGGCCAACUACCGCUGCUCCGGGGCCUACGACCUGCGCAUCCUGGACAGCGCGCCCACGGGCAUCAAGCAUGAUGGAACCAUGUGUGAUACCUGCCGGCAGCAACCAAUCAUUGGCAUUCGAUGGAAAUGUGCAGAAUGUACAAAUUACGAUUUGUGCACUGUUUGUUAUCAUGGAGAUAAACAUCAUUUAAGACAUCGCUUUUAUAGAAUUACCACACCAGGAAGUGAGCGUGUUUUGUUAGAGUCUCGUAGAAAAUCUAAGAAGAUUACAGCCAGAGGGAUCUUCGCAGGUGCCAGAGUGGUAAGAGGAGUGGACUGGCAAUGGGAAGAUCAGGAUGGAGGAAAUGGACGAAGGGGAAAGGUAACAGAAAUCCAGGACUGGAGUGCAUCAAGCCCACAUAGUGCAGCAUAUGUUCUCUGGGAUAAUGGUGCUAAGAACCUUUACAGAGUUGGCUUUGAGGGCAUGUCUGAUCUCAAGUGUGUCCAGGAUGCCAAGGGAGGUUCUUUCUACAGAGAUCACUGCCCUGUGCUAGGUGAGCAAAAUGGCAAUAGGAAUCCUGGUGGAUUGCAGAUCGGUGACUUGGUAAAUAUAGAUCUCGACCUAGAAAUUGUACAGUCUUUGCAGCAUGGUCAUGGAGGAUGGACUGAUGGCAUGUUUGAGACUUUGACUACAACUGGAACUGUUUGUGGCAUUGAUGAAGAUCAUGACAUUGUAGUACAGUAUCCAAGUGGCAAUAGGUGGACCUUCAAUCCUGCUGUUCUCACAAAAGCAAACAUUGUCCGAAGUGGGGAUGCGGCUCAGGGUGCAGAAGGAGGCACCUCACAGUUUCAAGUGGGUGAUCUUGUACAAGUUUGUUACGAUCUGGAAAGAAUCAAACUUCUACAGAGAGGACAUGGAGAAUGGGCUGAAGCUAUGCUCCCAACUUUAGGUAAAGUUGGCCGAGUACAACAGAUUUAUUCUGACAGUGAUUUAAAGGUGGAAGUUUGCGGAACAUCUUGGACGUAUAAUCCAGCAGCAGUUUCCAAGGUGGCAUCUGCAGGAUCAGCCAUUAGCAACGCAUCUGGUGAAAGACUCUCCCAACUCUUGAAGAAAUUAUUUGAAACCCAAGAAUCUGGUGACCUCAAUGAAGAAUUAGUUAAGGCUGCUGCCAAUGGAGAUGUUGCUAAGGUGGAAGAUUUGCUAAAAAGACCAGAUGUGGAUGUAAAUGGACAAUGUGCUGGUCACACAGCUAUGCAAGCUGCUAGUCAGAAUGGACAUGUUGACAUUUUGAAGUUACUUUUGAAGCAAAAUGUGGAUGUAGAAGCAGAGGAUAAAGAUGGAGAUAGAGCCGUUCACCAUGCAGCUUUUGGAGACGAAGGCGCUGUCAUAGAAGUGCUGCACCGAGGCAGUGCUGACUUGAAUGCUCGCAACAAGCGCCGACAGACACCGCUUCAUAUUGCUGUCAAUAAAGGCCAUCUGCAGGUGGUGAAGACUUUAUUGGACUUUGGCUGUCAUCCUAGCCUCCAGGAUUCUGAAGGUGAUACCCCUCUUCAUGAUGCAAUAAGUAAGAAACGUGAUGACAUUCUGGCAGUUCUUUUAGAAGCUGGAGCAGAUGUUACCAUUACAAACAAUAAUGGAUUUAAUGCUCUACACCAUGCGGCACUAAGAGGAAAUCCCAGUGCAAUGCGUGUUUUGCUAUCUAAAUUACCAAGACCAUGGAUUGUGGAUGAGAAGAAAGAUGAUGGUUAUACUGCCUUGCAUCUGGCUGCCCUUAACAAUCACGUAGAAGUGGCCGAACUGUUGGUACACCAGGGUAACGCUAACCUGGAUAUCCAGAAUGUGAACCAGCAAACUGCCCUGCACCUUGCUGUUGAACGACAGCACACACAGAUUGUGAGGCUUUUGGUCCGUGCAGGUGCCAAAUUAGAUAUUCAGGAUAAGGAUGGGGAUACUCCUUUGCAUGAAGCUCUGAGGCAUCACACCUUGUCUCAACUACGUCAGCUCCAAGAUAUGCAAGAUGUGGGGAAGGUCGAUGCUGCAUGGGAGCCAUCCAAAAACACAUUAAUAAUGGGACUUGGUACCCAGGGGGCGGAGAAGAAGAGCGCAGCAUCUAUUGCCUGUUUUUUGGCUGCCAAUGGUGCUGACCUUAGCAUUCGAAAUAAGAAGGGCCAAUCGCCACUUGAUCUCUGUCCUGAUCCAAGUCUCUGCAAAGCACUGGCAAAGUGUCAUAAGGAAAAAGUCAGUGGUCAAGUGGGUUCUCGAAGUCCUUCUAUGAUUAGUAAUGAUUCUGAAACCUUAGAAGAAUGCAUGGUGUGCUCAGAUAUGAAGAGAGAUACUCUUUUUGGGCCAUGUGGACAUAUUGCUACCUGUUCUUUAUGUUCUCCACGAGUCAAGAAAUGCCUCAUCUGUAAAGAACAAGUUCAGUCCAGGACAAAGAUUGAAGAAUGUGUGGUAUGCUCUGACAAGAAAGCAGCUGUUCUUUUUCAGCCUUGUGGACACAUGUGUGCUUGUGAGAACUGUGCUAGUCUGAUGAAGAAGUGUGUGCAGUGUCGGGCAGUAGUUGAACGAAGAGUGCCUUUCAUUAUGUGUUGUGGAGGGAAAAGUUCAGAAGAUGCCUCUGAUGACAUCUCAAGUGGAAAUAUUCCAGUGUUACAAAAGGACAAAGAUAAUACCAAUGUCAAUGCAGAUGUGCAAAAGUUGCAGCAGCAGUUACAGGACAUUAAAGAGCAGACCAUGUGCCCUGUGUGUUUGGAUCGUCUGAAGAAUAUGAUUUUCCUCUGUGGCCAUGGAACGUGCCAGCUCUGUGGAGACCGAAUGAGUGAAUGUCCUAUUUGUCGCAAGGCUAUUGAACGAAGGAUUCUUUUGUAUUAAGAAACUGUGUUUUCUUAGCUGAAGUAUUUGGUCAUGAGCUCUUCUUAGUAAGCCAUUAAGCUAGUUGGAGGUUCUAAUGAAUUAAUUUUUAAUAUCAUAGUUUCUUUCCUAGAGUGUAAUUAGACUGUAAAUGUGCCAGAACAAAAAACCUCUACAAGACAGUGUUUGAAGCUGUGGUUUUUGUUUUUGUUUCUUUUAAUUUGAAACAUCAAAUCCAUGUAAUUCAUAGAUAAUUUACUUGUUGCUUCUAAGGGGAAAAUCCUUUAAGGAUCUCCUGUUGUUUUUGUUUUUAUUGCAUUUUUUUCUUAUAGUUUAUAAAUUUGUUAGACCUCAAGAAAUGUAGUUCCUUAUGAUCAGCUAUCCUUCAGUUUAUAUGAUUUUACACAGUGGGUUGACAUAGGUACUCAGAACAGUCAUGCAGCGAAUGAACGGGGCAAGUCAAACCAUUAGGUCACAUGUGUUAAAUGACAAAAUUAGAAUAUAAGUUAUACAUAGUUAAUACUGCAGAGAGGAUUAUCUUUUUUAAGAUAAAAAGUUAUACAAAUGAUUGAUUCUGAAUUUUUAGAGUAAAUGGAAGCAUGGAAUGAGAGAGUAGUGACUUUGCAUUUAGCUUAAUUUCUAGACUUAAAAGGAAAAUUGUUUAACUUGAACCAAAUUUCAAGAUGAUUGGAAAGGAAAAAUAAGCAAUCAUAGUGGGGUACUGAAGUGGGGGAAGUGGCCAAAAAUGAGUACCUAUUAACUGACCAUUAACAGUUGCCUUUCAUAUAUGUUAAUCUAUACACUAUUCUGUUUACCAACCAUUAAAAAAAAAAAAGUCUGUGAAAAGUGUACCUCAGUUUUCCCUGUGGUUACUUAUCCAGACUUAAUCUGACCAGUGAAACAGUGUUGCCCUCUUUGGGCAUCUGAGGUCUCAUGUAGCUUUUCUUGGGUACUGAAUAGUACCCCAGUGAUCUGAGAAGGAUAACGCAUUGUCCCAAAGCAGCAAUCUUUUUCUUGUCCCUGUCUGUUCAUUCUGACAGUGAUACUGGUUCUGUCUUCAUCAUAAGCCCUACUUCCAUUUUCUUUCAGUUGCUAAGGCUGGUAAGAAAACACUAUCUUUAUACCAACAGGUGAGGAUAUUUAAAUUGCCAACAGUAUCCAAGACAUAGUAAGUAACCUAACAAUAAAUACUUAUUUUAGAAAGCGUGACCAGGACAUUUACAGAAAUAUGUCUGAUUACCUGUAGUUUCUUUUUUGUUUGUUUUUUAAACUCAGACUGAUUCUAGAGCAUCUGGUCAUUUUCCUGCCUUUGAAUGAGUAGUCUUACUCUGUCUAUAGGACGAAUCUACAUUUAAUAAGUGUUUUGGGGUCAUUGCUGCUAGAUUAUAAAAAUAUCAGCUGUUUACAGUGAUGUCUACUAUAUACUAUGUACAAGCUUAUUCCUAAGGGUGUAGUUAUCUGGUAUUUUUUUCCUUUCUUUGAUUCUGGUUCUUCUUUUUUCUUU